AUGGGAGACGUGGCUGUCGCGGCGGUGGCAUCCUAUGAAGAGAGCGGUAUCCGGUUCCGCUGGGGCGUCCCCUCGGAGUCCGUCGACUCGGCCGACUCCGGCAGCCUAUACUUUAGCAUCGAUGCGCCCGUUACCAAGUCGUGGGCCAGCUUGGGUAUAGGGAGCGGCAUGCGUGGUUCGAGCAUGUUCCUCGUGUACACGGACGGGAAGGGAAACGUGACGCUCAGCACCCGUUUGGGAACGGGGCACAGGAUGCCUCGGUACGCGAGCGACUCCGGCGCUACCCUGGUGGCCGGGUCGGGCGUUCACGACGGCAGGAUGGUGGCCAACGUGCGGUGCAGCGGCUCCUGCUCCUCGGGGCUCGACCUCGGCGGCACCGACAGCUGGAUCGCCGCGUGGGUGACGGGCGACGCCUUGGAUACCGACGAUAUCGAGGCGCCCAUCAGCAUCCACGACGGCGUGGGUAUAUUUGACGUGGACCUGUCCCAGGCCGGCAUCGCGUCCGACUCCAACCCGUUUCUCGGCGGAAGUACGGGUGAUAGCGGCGAUGACGAUACCGGUGCGGUCACCAGCGGUGGUGGAGGCCAGGGAGGAGGGGGAGGAGAGAGCCACAAGACGAUGGUGUCCGCACACGGCUUCAUCAUGUCCGUCGCCUUCCUCAUCUUGUACCCCCUCGGUGCCAUGGUCAUGCCCCUUUUCGGAAAGUGGAUUGCCCACUCUGCCGUGCAGAUGGUCGCCUACCUCGCCAUGUGGGCUGGUUUUUCUCUGGGGAUAGUCAUUUCUCAUGGAUUGCCGCUCUUUUCCUCACCACACAAGGGCCUGGGCGUCAUCCUCGUCGCCCUCUUGGGCCUGCAGCCGGCCUUUGGCUGGCUCCAUCACCGACAUUUCCUCAAGAAUCGGCGUCGCGGACUCGUCAGCCACGUGCACAUCUGGUACGGCCGGGCCCUGGUCCUGGUGGGCAUGGUGAACGGUGGGUUGGGUCUGCAGAUGGCCCACGAGGAGCCGGGCGGUGGUCUCGUCGUCGCCUACUCUGUCGUGGCGGGGGUCAUGGCCGCGGCCUAUCUGGGCGCCGUCGGCAUCGGAAUCCUCAAGAGGAGGAGGACCAAGGCCGAGACGGAUUCGCUGGGACAGCCGUAUGUGCACGUUGCCGAGAUGCACGAGGCAUAG